AUGCCAACUCCGUCCCUAGUGCCAUCGGGCUUGACACCUCCACCGACCGUCAAUACCGAGUUAAAUCAUAAUGGAGUCAUUACAGUCAUCACUUCCUUCUCGUUAUUUUUGGUGUUGGGAUCUCUGGGGAUUCGUGUGUAUUCUGCGCACAGUAGAAAGUCCCGUCAGUUGGAUGACUUUACCUUUGCAGCCACUGUGAUACUUGCCUUGGGACAGGUAUCUGUGGUCUUUGUACAGAUCCAUUUUGGCUGGGGCAAAUCAAACUUGCUGAUCGCUCAUCGGAAUUUGCACUUGAUUGAGAAGGCUGGGUACAGCGCAGAUAUCCUCUACAUUGCAGUUUUAUUCUCAUCAAAAGCAUCAACGGCACUUUUUCAUCGCACCAUUACUCCACGAGGAUCGCGAUGGACGAACUAUGCUCUUCUGACGGUUACUUUCCUAUGUUCCCCUGUGGCUAUAAUUUUGCUGGCAGUCCGCUGUGAUCGGUAUCCGUGGUAUGAUAUUAAUAACCAAUGUCCCGCAUUGUUUCCUCAUUGGCAGGCCGUCACAGCAUUGGAUAUUAUUCUUGAGAUUAUGCUGUCGCUCUAUCCGAUAUGGGCAAUCUUGCGACUACAGAUGACCCUAAGCAACAAAGCUAUUGUGAUCAUGGUGCUUAGUUGUCGAGUAUGCCUUAUCCCCGUCGGCGCGAUCCACCUCCAUUACAUGAGCCGACAAGUCAAUUCGGCAGAUCCAACACUCGAAGGAACGUUCGCGACCGUCGUCGCGGAGCUCCAUAUAGCAUUCAGCGUUCUUGUACUGAUAGCGCCAUUAAUAAAACCAUUUGUCGCAGCCUACAUGGACGAGAACGGACUGGCCUAUACCGACGACGCGUCCAACUCACGGACCAAUCGUAAACCCACACCACGCCCAGAACGAUCGAGCACCAUAUAUCCGGGGCUGCGGAUGAAUGAUCCCCCAGCAAAAAAUCGCAUUAUGAGGAGUAUUGAAAUAUUGGUUGAUCGCGAGAAUGUGGAGCUCUUGGAGAGACGAUGA